GCUGGGUCCUGGAGCAGCGCCUAGGAGCCCUAGGGAGUCUCAAAGUUUGUGUCUGGAUCGGUAGCGGAAAGUGGGCUCGCGGCGAAGGGAUUUUCCUGGGAUGAGAGCGGAUCUCCUGCCUUCAUUUUGGAUGCACAUCCCGCUUUAGCCCCUGCAGCCUUUGGUCAAGCCCGUGUCCUUGGGGAUUCUCAGCUCUCCGAAGACACCAGACGGGAGCGUUUGGCCAUUCUCCGGCAGAGGAGCAGACGUUUGCCUUCCAAGUGCAAAACUACAGACACGCGCGCUCACACACUCACGCACACGCGGAGAGAGAGAAACCUCGCGGUCCGAGGCAGCUCUGCGCGUCCCCUCCUGGGCUCGGCAUCCCAGGCCAGCGCGGCCCGCACCGCCAUGGAGGUGCUGGAGAGCGGGGAGCAGGGCGUGCUGCAGUGGGACCGCAAGCUGAGCGAGUUGUCAGAGCCCGGGGACGGCGAGGCCCUCAUGUACCACACGCACUUCUCAGAACUUCUGGAUGAGUUUUCCCAGAACGUCUUGGGUCAGCUCCUGAAUGACCCUUUCCUCUCGGAGAAGAGUGUGUCAAUGGAGGUGGAACCUUCCCCGACGUCCCCGGCACCUCUCAUCCAGGCUGAGCACAGCUACUCCCUGUGCGAGGAGGCUCGGGCCCAGUCGCCCUUCACCCACAUUACCACCAGUGACAGCUUCAAUGACGACGAGGUGGAAAGUGAGAAGUGGUACCUGUCUACAGACUUCCCUUCAACAACCAUCAAGACAGAGCCCAUUACAGAUGAACCACCUUCCGGACUCGUUCCAUCUGUCACUCUGACCAUCACAGCCAUCUCUACCCCGUUUGAAAAGGAGGAACCCCCUCUGGAAAUGAAUACUGGGGUUGACUCCUCAUGCCAGACCAUUAUUCCUAAAAUAAAGCUGGAGCCUCACGAAGUGGAUCAGUUUCUAAACUUCUCUCCUAAAGAAGCCCCAGUGGAUCACCUGCAUUUGCCGCCCACUCCCCCAAGCAGUCACGGCAGCGACUCGGAAGGCAGCCUGAGUCCCAACCCAUGCCUGCACCCCUUCAGCCUGCCUCAAACCCACAGCCCCUCCAGAGCCGCACCCCGGGCCCCCUCCGCCCUCUCCAGCUCCCCUCUCCUCACGGCUCCUCAUAAACUGCAGGGAUCAGGCCCUCUGGUCCUGACGGAGGAGGAGAAGAGGACCCUGAUUGCUGAGGGCUAUCCCAUCCCUACCAAAUUGCCCCUGACAAAAUCAGAGGAGAAGGCCCUGAAGAAAAUUCGGAGGAAGAUCAAGAAUAAGAUUUCUGCCCAGGAAAGUAGGAGAAAGAAGAAAGAAUACAUGGACAGCCUGGAGAAAAAAGUGGAGUCUUGUUCAACUGAGAACUUGGAACUUCGGAAGAAGGUAGAGGUUCUAGAGAACACUAACAGGACUCUCCUUCAGCAACUCCAGAAGCUUCAGACUUUGGUGAUGGGCAAGGUUUCUCGAACCUGCAAGUUAGCUGGCACUCAGACUGGCACCUGCCUCAUGGUUGUUGUGCUGUGCUUUGCCGUUGCAUUCGGCAGCUUCUUUCAGGGCUACGGGCCCUAUCCUUCUGCCACCAAGAUGGCUCUGCCUAGCCAGCAUUCCCUGCAAGAGCCCUACACAGCCUCCGUGGUGAGAUCCAGGAACCUGCUGAUCUACGAGGAGCAUUCUCCCCCAGAGGAGCCGUCCAGCCCUGGCUCGGCUGGCGAGCUGGGGGGCUGGGAUAGAGGUUCCUCCCUGCUCAGGGUGUCAGGGCUGGAGUCCAGGCCAGAUGUGGAUCUUCCCCAUUUCAUUAUCUCGAAUGAGACCAGCCUGGAGAAGUCAGUGCUCUUGGAGCUGCAGCAGCACCUGGUCGGCGCCAAACUGGAGGGGAAUGAAACACUAAAAGUUGUAGAACUCGACAGAAGAGUGAAUACCACUUUCUAAAGAGGCUGUCUGCGCCCUCUCCCUUUCCCUUAACUCCCCUUUACAUCCCCAAACCACCUUUGUCAUCAGCUUUUCCUCUUUGCCACCGGAUCUUCAUGAAGACAUGGGCAAGCAUUAGUGGCUUCAGAUGGGAGGCCAGCCUGGGACUUCCCCUGCAGUGAGAGAGCAUCUUCCCCUGGUUCACGCCCCUCCCGUGCAGAAGGGAGCCUGCCUCCCUCCCUUCCUUUCUCCUACUGCAAUAGGAAAUUAUUUUAGGGGUUGGAGGUGGGAAAAACAGGCUUGUUUCCACCAAUAAUGCCAAAAAGAUACUGCCUAAUGUGCACCUGUGAGGUGUGACGUCCCCCCCACCCCUUUGGAGAAGAGACAGCUCUUAUUCAGUUGAGACCCCAGACUCUAGCCACACAAAUGCCAUGAUGCCUGUUGGUAUUUGGCAAAGCACUGACCCGUGUCCUCCCUUGCUCACACUGGGGUCUCUGGUGUGAACACCCCCGACGGCAGCCCUCCACCCCAUUUGUCCCCGGGAGCCCUCAUGGAUUGUCUCCUGCACCAGCACAGGCAGGCGAGGGCUCCCCUUCAUGUUCUCAGGCCGCAAGUGCAAUGCCUGAGGGGAUCAGGCUUUUCCACUCCAGGCAAACCUGCCCCAUCUUGUCGCUUUUAGGACCUCCCACAACCUGGUUCCCCACACAUCCAUAGUUCUGCCUCCCCAGCUUCUCCUCCCCACUUGUAAAUAGUAUUUAUUAGCUCAUCCAGGCUUCCUGCUAGCAACCACACUGAAGAGAUGGAUGCCUCCUUUCCAGCCAGCAGAGUUUUCUGCUAGCCUUUAGAGCUAGGAGGGCACCUUAGGCUCUGGGAUUCCCUAUCUUUCCAGACAAUAUUUGAUUUUCUUUCCUUUUUUUUUUUUUUAAACUGGACUAAUUACCAUUGAAAAAGAAAUUCCCUUGAGCAUGUAUGUGUCUGCCUCUAGGAUGAGGUCAGAGCAAGAGAUGGCACAAAAUGCCUUGCUCAGGCCUGGGGCUCCCUGGCCACAAGCUUUUUCUAUCCUGUUUUCAUGACAGAGAAGGGAACCCCUGUCCCUGACAACAGGCGUUUCAGACAAGCUUGCUGGCUUGUUUUUCCAGACCUGCGUGGCCCCUCCUUCCUCCACACCUCCACUUUGUCCUCCUUGUCCCCUGCCUCAGCAAAGCAGGAUGGGGUAGGUGUCAUUUGUGUAUUCACACUCUUACCUUUUAUAGUCAGGUCUGGCUACUUUGCAGCUCGCCCAAAGAGAUACAACCUAAGCCCCAACCUACUUUUAGUUGUUUUUUUUAUGAUUAAAAGUAACUUUUGUAGUUUAAAAAAAUCUUUCCUUUUUCAUACAAAUAAGAAAUGGAAAUUGCCUUUUUAUUGUGUAACAUAGAAGACAGACCCUCAUGUGUUUUUUUCCUAGCUUGUGAAAGAUUUUGUUUAGGAAAUAUGCAUAGCGUUUGUAUUUUACUUUUAGGAGCAGCUGAAAUGCCUUUGGUUUUGCCUUCUGUCUCUCUCUCUCUCUCUCUCUCUCUCUCUCUCUCUCUCUCUCUCGCCCCACCCCGUCCCUCGCCACAUCAUCUGCAUUGUUACUGGAGCCUGUACUUAGAGGGAUUAAGGCCACACCCCGGCUUCCAGCCCAUAUCAGGUACAGGAUUUGGUGUUAUUAACAUUUGUCAUCAUACCUCAUAAGCGGGUCCCUGCUUUGUCUGUCUAGGCCGGUCUGGGGCUCCCUGUGAGUGAUUCCCCUCUCUUGACUGUGCUGGAGAGGGUUCCAGCCUGGGAAGCGGCCAAGUUCAUCUUCUCACUGAGUGGAAGCUGGAUCGCCCUGUGGUCUGGGUGGUUCUUGUUGUCCCUCACAUUAGCCAGGGCGGAGACUGUCUGGGCUGUGCAGGAGGAGGGCUGCUGGCAGGUUCUGCCUCUGCUGCUCUCUGCUCCACUGUCUGCAGGCCAGAUCCUGUUGGGCCUGGCUGGUGUCUGGUAACUGUGGGCCUGCACUGACCCAUCCCCCUCUUUUAAACUGUCAGGUCUUUAUCAAACACAGGCAGCCUAGAGGGCCCAAAGAAGGCAAAAAGAUAAAAUUGACUCAAGUAGCAUUUGGAAGGAAGGGUUUCAAAUUUAAGGGAAGAAGUGAGAGAGAGAAUGAGCCAGCCCAUGUCCCUGCUGCAGCUGAACCAGAUUGGGUUUUCAAGGUUCCCGGAUACAGUCAGAGUAGAAAACAGAGGAGGGAGAAGAUAAAGGAAACUUCUAGCCCCUGUCCUUAGUGCUUUGAGGAUUUUCUCCUCUCCCUUACCUACCCUUAUUUGACAUCACUCUCUCUAGACCUCCAAACAGCAGGACUCUUUUUCUGGGAAGCUAUCCUUCCAGAGUAGAAUCUGUGUAGAGACAUGGGACAUCAGCUAGAGAGCUCAGAUGGCCCUUUUAAGGGGGUUCCAAGAACCAGCAUCACUGCUCUUUUAGAUGAACCUCUGUCCUCCUCUCCUUGCUUGAGUGAGUUAAAGGAACUAACAGUUGUCCCUUUAGGAGGACAGAAUGGGGUCAAGAGGGCACAGAAGAGUUGUAUAGCCCCAGACUGGUUCCAAAUAAUUAAUGGAUGUACAUUUUCUGUUGAGGGAUUAAGACCAGACUAUCCGUGGAUUCGUUUUCCCUACCAAGUGGCCUCUUAGACUAGUCAUUAACUUACAGUUAGUUCUGAAGAUUUCAAAUAGUGGCAGACACUGGCUCCUGAAUGUACGUUUUGAGAAAUACGAGUCUGUUAGAGGGGCCAUAGCCAUAAAGAGUAAAUCUGUUAAUUAAAUUUUUCAUCAUGUAAAC